AUGGAACAAAUUGCUGUCCCCGGAUCUGAACAAGGAACGUUGUCAGAAUCACUUACAACGCCACAACAUUUUGAAGCACCGGAAACACCGCAGCAAAAGGCAUUGUUAAAUUUGGUAUUCAGGUCGAUGAAACGGACACAUGAUCUCUUUUAUCAUGACUAUGGAACUUUGCCUGAAUUGAAUUCCGAAGCUGAUAGUUUAUGGCGAGCCGUGAAGUUAAAAUCAGAAUAUGGAAGUGUUAUGGAAGAAGUGAGUGAAGCGAAGAGGAAGAAAGAGGAGGAACUACUAAAAUUGCCUAUUAAUUCAAGUGUUGUAGGUAGUUCGGGUGAAGUCUCAAGGACACUUGCUAUAACUACUGGUGCAAUAGAAGCCACAAAUGAAAAAGACAGUUCUGAUUUAACAACAUCCAGUCGAUCAGACGAUAACACGAUGCGUGCAGUGUUACCUGCUCGAGCUCCUGUCAUGAUCAAACCUAAAUGGCACGCACCAUGGAAACUAUACAGGGUGAUUUCGGGCCAUACAGGUUGGGUGAGAUGUGUGGAUGUUGAACCGGGUAAUGAAUGGUUUGCGACAGGUGGUGCAGACCGAAUUGUAAAGAUUUGGGAUCUCGCAAGCGGAAAAUUGCGAUUAUCAUUAACAGGACACGUAAGCGCCGUCAGGUGCUGUAAAGUUUCACGAAGACAUCCAUUCCUUUUCACGGGUGGUGAAGAUAAGCAGGUAAAAUGUUGGGAUCUCGAGUACAACAAAGUCAUCCGCCAUUACCAUGGACAUCUGAGUGCUGUUCAGGAUCUUACUAUUCAUCCGACAAUUGAUAUUUUAAUUACCUGUGCUCGGGAUGCUACUGCACGAGUUUGGGAUAUGCGAACUAAAGCUCAAGUCCAUUGUUUGAGUGGGCAUACAAACACAGUUGCAACAGUUAUUUCACAGGAAGUUGAUCCUCAGGUUAUCACAGGUAGUCAUGAUUCCACAAUCCGCCUUUGGGAUCUUGCUGCUGGACGAAGUAUAUGUACUUUAACACAUCAUAAGAAAAGUAUCCGAGCGUUAACAUUGCAUCCGUCACUCUUCAUGUUUGCAUCGGGAAGUGCUGACAAUAUAAAAGAAUGGAAGUGUCCGGAAGGAAUAUUCAUCCAAAAUUUAUCAGGGCAUAAUGCAAUCAUUAAUUCACUUGCAUGUAAUGAAGAUGGUGUUCUUAUUUCUGGAGGUGAUAAUGGUUCUCUGAAUUUUUGGGAUUGGAAGAGUGGUUUUUGCUUCCAGCGUGAACAGACUAAAGCUCAGCCAGGUUCAAUAGAUUCAGAAGCUGGAAUAUUCGCAGUUACAUACGACCAAUCAGGUUCCCGAUUAAUUACUGCAGAAGCUGAUAAGACAAUCAAAAUGUACAAAGAAGAUGAGAAUGCGACCGAAGACACGCAUCCGAUCCUCUGGAGACCAGAAAUUUUGCGGCGAAAAGCCUACUAG